AUGGCUCUUAUCAAUCAAGAACAGGCAGCAGAACAUUACGCGGCUGCUGUGACACAUAUGGCGGGUUUGAAGAAGAUAGUGGACCUUCGUGGUGGGCUGGAGAACAUGGAAGACAGUGUCGUUGCUGUCAAGAUUUGUCGGACUGAUAUUCUCUUUGCCAUGCAACAAGGUGGCCAUCCGCUGUUUCAUCGAGACCAUAUAUGUCACCUAAAACGCAACUUGGCAUACAAGGGAUUCACUUUACAGCAAGACUCGGCUGCAUACUUCAGUCGACUUGACCCGACCCUCCAAGAAGCAUUUUCAGACGCCAUGGGAUUGUGCAGGCUGCUCAACAAACACGCGGAUGAGAAGCCUCUCGAUCUGCUUGAAUUUCAAGAAGUCUUGGUGUCCAUCAGCUAUCGGCUACUCCAAUUUCGUACGAUUGGUGAAACCAGGUCCAAGCAAGAUACUCAGUCUACGUACCAUAUCGGGUUGUCCCUGUUUAUGAUGUCGAUCUACUUCAAUAACAAGCAAGAUCGCAUGGCUCGGCCGGGGCUUAUCAAGAGUCUUGUCAAGGAAGCCGUUGCAUCCGAUUCGAAAGAAGAUGAAGAUGAGUUCAAGUUCUGGCUUCUCAUUUUGGGAGGUAUUUCAGUUCCAGCUAGGGAUGUUAGUGAGUGGUUUGUUGAGAAACUCCAGGAGCAAGCUUCAUUGCUUGGCAUCAUGACUUGGGAACAAGCCAAGGGUUGUCUAGCGAGAUUUCCGUGGAUGGAUGGAAUCCAUGACAAGCCAAGUCAGAAGCUAUGGAAUCAAGUCCGGUUCAUGGGCGUGUAA